AUGGAAGGACUUACAGAUGAGCAUCUUAUGUCAGAGAGCAGCAAGGGAAUGGCAGAGCCAUCCCAGUUACUGGUGGAGAUCAGUUACUCCUCUACUGUUGUCCCUAAAUUCAUCACAGGCUUAGUAUUUGCCAAAAUUAAAACUAUCUCACUGGAGGGCUGUGUGGCUCAGAUCUUCUUCCACUUCUUUGGAGUUACUGAGCAAUUCCUGUUCAUGGUAAUGGGCUAUGACCACUACGUGGCCAUCUGCAAACCCCUUCACUAUACAACCAUCACGAGUCGGCCUGUGUGUCAUCUUCCUGCUGGUGCCUGGCUGGGGAAUAUGUACUCCAUGGUCCAGAUCGUCACUGUUCAGUUGCCCUCCUGUGUUCCCAAUGUGAUUGACCACGACCUCUGUGCUUGCAUCCCUUAUUCAAGCUUCCCUGCUGACACUUCUGUGGAGGGGGAUGUGUUGGCUGAUGGUGGAUUAAUCUCUGUCUUCUCCUUCUUCCUCUUGGUGUCCUCCUAUAUCAUCAUCCUGGUCCACUUGAGGAACCACUUUGCAGAGGGGAGGCGCAAAGCCCUCUCUACCUGUGCCUCUCACGUCACAGUGGUCAUCUUGUGCUUUGGACCCGCUGUCUUCCUCUAUGCACAGCCCUCUUCCCCGUUCACUGAGAACAAACCAGUGGCUGUGUUCUACACGGAUGUCACCCCCAUGCUGACCCCCAUCAUCUACACCCUCAGAAAUGCAGGGGUGAAAAAUGCUACAGGGAAGUUGUGGAGGAAGGAAGUGAACUCAGGGUGGACCUAA